AUGAGGUUGAAAGACUGGGCUUUUAUCAUCCUGUUAAUAAUCUCAGGAGAACUGUAUGCAGAAGAGAAACCCUGUGGUCUUCCUAAUGUGGAAAAUGGAAUGAUUGCCCAAUAUUACUAUACUUUUAAGAGUUUUUACUUUCCAAUGAGCAUAGACAAAAAGUUGUCAUUCUUCUGCUUGGCUGGUUAUACAACUGAAACUGGGAAACAAGAAGAUCGAACCACGUGUACUGGAGAAGGCUGGUCUCCAGAGCCCAGAUGCUUCAAAAAAUGCACUAAGCCUGAACUGAGAAAUGGUUAUAUCUCUGAUGUAAAAUUAUCGUACAAAAUUCAAGAGAACAUGCGUUAUGGUUGUGCUUCGGGCUACAAGACCACUGGAGGGAAGGAUGAAGAAGUGAUUCAAUGUCUCCCUGAUGGAUGGUCCUCUCAGCCAACCUGUAGGGUGGAACGUGAAACAUGUUUGGCACCUGAAUUAUAUAAUGGAAAUUAUUCUACAACACAGAAAACAUUCAAAGUGAAGGACAAAGUGCAAUAUGAAUGUGCUACUGGCUACUACACGGCUGGAGGAAAAAGGACCGAGGAGGUGGAAUGUCACACGUACGGGUGGUCUCUCACACCAAAAUGUACCAAAUUAAAGUGCUCUUCUUUAAGGUUGAUAGAAAAUGGUUAUUUUCAUCCUGUAAAGCAAACCUAUGAAGAAGGGGAUGUAGUUCAGUUUUUCUGUCAUGAAAAUUACUAUCUAAGUGGACCUGAUUUGAUUCAGUGCUAUAGCUUUGGUUGGUAUCCAGAAUCUCCUGUAUGUGAAGGAAGAAGAAAUCGAUGUCCUCCUCCACCUCUGCCUCUAAACUCCAAAAUUCCAACAUAUUCAACAACUUAUCGUCAUGGAGAAAUAGUUCAUAUAGAAUGUGAACUUAAUUUUGGGAUCCAGGGGUCAGAAGACAUACAUUGUGAAAAUGGAAAAUGGACAGAACCUCCAAAAUGCAUUGAGGAAAAGGAGAAGACGGUUUGUGAGGAGCCACCCUUCAUUGAGAACGGUGCAGCAAACCCACAAGCUAAGAUUUAUUACAAUGGAGAUAAAGUGACAUACGGAUGUAAAGCCGGCUACCGUCUCCGUGGAUCAAAUGAGAUAACUUGUAAUCGUGGGAAGUGGACACCUGCCCCUGAGUGUGUUGAAAAUAAUGAGAAUUGUAAGCCUCCACCUGAUGUCACAAAUGGAGCCGCUGUGGGUGGGUUGUUGGCAAGCUACACAACAGGGUCUUCGGUGGAAUAUCGAUGCAAUGAAUAUUACUUACUGAAGGGGUCAAAAGUAUCUCACUGUGAACAAGGAAAGUGGUCACCCCCACCUGUCUGCUUGGAGCCAUGUGCUGUUAAUGCGGAUUACAUGAACAGAAAUAACAUACGGAUGAAGUGGAAAUACGAAGGGAAGGUCUUACAUGGAGAUUUAAUAGAUUUUGUGUGUAAACAAGGGCAUUCCUUACCUCCAUCAACUCCGCUGUCUGAGUUAACCGUGCAGUGCAACAGAGGCGAACUGAGAUAUCCCUCGUGUGUGAGACAAGAAUCUAAAGGAAUGUGUGCAUCUCCUCCACUUAUUAAAAAUGGAGUUAUUAUUAGUUCAACAGUAGACAUCUAUGAAAAUGGUUCCUCAGUAGAAUACAGAUGUUUUGAUCACCAUUUCCUACAAGGGUCUAGGGAGACCUAUUGUUUAGAAGGAGUGUGGACUACGCCACCAUCGUGUUUAGAGCCUUGCAUAUUAUCUUUUGCUGAAAUGGAAAAGAAUAAUUUACUCCUGAAAUGGAAUUUUGACAAUAGACCACAUAUUUUCCAUGGCGAGUAUAUUGAGUUUCUUUGUAAAAGAGAUACUUACAUGACAGAGUCAUCUGUACUUGGAUCUGAACUUAGAGUGCAAUGUGACAGAGGGCAGUUAAAGUAUCCAAGAUGUAUUCAAAGAGAAAGGUAA